CUGCGUGGACAGAACGUGAGGAAAGGAAGGAGCCACUACCCAGAUAAAACAAAUCUUCCAGUAAAACCAGCUCGACGAGCUCGUCCGGCCAUUGAAAUGAUCCCAUCUUUGAAGCAGGUGUGCUUGUGUGUCGUUGCUCUGCUGCAGUCUCACAACAACAUCAUGUGUGCGUGUGACUUGCUCCAAUGCCUCGGCUGACGACACUGGUCCACGGCAAAGGUCAGCCGGCGGGUGCUGGCCGGGGAGGAGGAGAGAGCUGGGACUGUAAAUGGAUGGAGGAAGAAAAAGAGAGGGAGAGCAGAACUCAAACUCCAGCUGACAGUCGCACAGCUCAUUGGUCCCAGGCUCUGCAGACACUGAGACCCUGGAGAGACUGGUGUAGUCUCGCUCCAGUCGGUGCAGUGUGGUUGUUCUGUCAGGUGGAGGCGCCGUCGGCUGACGUUUCCUGGAGGCUCCUGUUAGUGUGUGCAGCGUGGCUGCUUCUGGGAGGCUGUGUUCAUGCCCUGAGGUGCUCCCUGGGGCCAGCACAGAACCAGAAGGGGCAGCCUCCAGAGAGGAUACAGCAGGAGGUGGUGAUGGAAAACAGAAAUAUCCAGUAUUCAAUGUCGCCUCAGUCGAGGAGCCCACGCCGCCACAUUCCUCUGGCCCUUUCCCUGGCCAAGAGUCUGCUGCUGUGUUUGCUCCAGGAGCCUCUAACAGACCCCAGUGUCCCCCACAUUCAGACUCUUCUCUCCAGACUAGAGUCAGUGUCUGACGCGCUUGCUGAUGCUGACCCUGGAUCAGAGGAGAGAUCACCGGAUGAGGACGAACAAGACUCCGCACUGACAGACAAAGUGAAGCUCAUCCGCAGAUACCUCCAGCAGAGGAUGAGGUCACUGCAUGCUCUCGUCCAGGUGCAGGGGGAUUUUGUGGCCAGUGUGAAGGACAUGCUGGAGGGACUCGACGGCCUCUGGGCUCAACUGGAGGAGCUGCACACUGGGGUCACACUCACUAAAGAGGGGGGUCAAGACCACGGGGACCUGGCCUUGGCCCGGACAGACGCAGAGAAUUUGUUUUCAGUCCUGGGUCACUACAGGAACCGACUUCACAGCUGCCAGACUCAUCUGAAGGAUGUCACACAGCUAUUGCAGGAGUUAACGUGGAGUCACACUCACAUAAGCAACAGUGUGAGCUGCAGCAGUGAGUCCGUCUGGCCCGAGCUGUUACUCCAGUCCAACAUUGAGCAGUUUGACAAGGUGCAGGAGAGUUUCUUCUCUGUGGAGCAGCAGACCUCGACGUUCCAGGCCCACCUGGAGGGGCUUCGGAAGGGGAAUCAGGAAGAACACACAAGGGCCCUCGCUGCUGCUGCUGCUGCUGCUGCAAACGAGGCCAAGUCAUGCGCCGUGUCUCCACAGACGUCCCCACAUCUCCAUAACGGACGCACAAGCGGCGCGUCGUCGGAGCAUUGCAACUCGGCCUCCUCAGUGGAUCCGGAUUCAGACUCUGAAUCUCGUCACUCUCUGUGUGAGAGGUCGGCUCUGCAGUUCUCCUCCACUUUUGGACGCCUGCGUAUAUCUGGAAAGAAGAAGUGAUUUAAAAAAAGUAUA